CCUCGCGGGCAGCGCACUUGUCCCGGCGAGAGGGAAAUCCGUUAAGCCUGAGUCGGGUGCGUCCCACUUUUCAGGGUACCUGAGCGCACGAACACUCUCCAGCGGACGCUCCUGGAAAGGAGACCAUGCCCCCCAAGUCUCUUUGCAACGUCUCCCAGAUCGCUGCAGCGAAUCUGAGCGGUGUCUACCCCGGGGCGUCGGACGCGGAUUUCCUGCCCGCCCUCGACGGGACCCCCGCCGAGCUUGCGAUCCGCUGUGUGAUCCCGUCCCUGUACCUGUUCAUCAUCACGGUGGGCUUGCUGGGCAAUAUCAUGCUGGUGAAGAUCUUCAUCACCAACAGCGCCAUGAGGAGCGUCCCCAACAUCUUCAUCUCUAACCUGGCCGCCGGGGACAUGCUGCUGCUGCUCACCUGUGUCCCAGUGGACGCCUCGCGCUACUUCUUUGACGAGUGGAUGUUCGGGAAGGUGGGCUGCAAACUGAUCCCUGUCAUCCAGCUCACCUCCGUGGGGGUGUCCGUGUUCACACUCACUGCCCUCAGCGCCGACAGGUACAGAGCCAUUGUAAACCCUAUGGACAUCCAGAAGUCAGGGGCGGUGCAGCGGACCUGUGUGAAAGCCCUCAGCAUCUGGGUAGUCUCCGUGCUGUUGGCUGUUCCGGAAGCAGUGUUUUCAGAAGUGGUGCGCAUUGAUAGCUUGGAUAAUGGCAGCUUCACAGCGUGCAUACCCUACCCUCAGACGGACGAGUUACAUCCAAAGAUUCACUCAGUGCUCAUCUUCUUGGUCUAUUUCCUCAUACCCCUCGCUAUUAUUAGCGUUUAUUAUUAUCAUAUUGCAAAGACCUUAAUUAAAAGUGUACAUAAUCUUCCUGGAGAAUACAAUGAGCAUACCAAAAAGCAGAUGGAAACACGGAAACGCCUGGCUAAAAUUGUGCUGGUUUUUGUGGGCUGCUUUGUCUUCUGUUGGUUUCCAAAUCACAUCCUCUACAUGUAUAGGUCUUUCAACUAUAAGGAGAUUGACCCAUCUCUAGGCCAUAUGAUUGCCACUCUAGUUGCUCGGGUUCUGAGCUUUUGCAAUUCUUGUGUCAAUCCCUUUGCUCUUUAUCUACUCAGUGAAAGCUUCAGGAGGCAUUUCAACAGCCAGCUCUGUUGUGGGAGGAAGUCCUAUCCAGAGAGAUCAGCUAGCUACUUAGUCAGCUCUUCUGCAGUGCGGAUGACAUCUCUGAAAAACAACGCUAAGAACACAGUGACCAAUUCUGUUUUACUAAAUGGGCACAGCACGAAGCAGGAAAUGGCACUGUGAGUUUCGCCAUUCAACUCACUACCUGGAAAGAAUGGACUUUUCUAUUUCUAUUGAGU